GCACCCUCAGGGCCGGGCCGAGAGGGAGAGCGGGCCCUGCAGCGGGGGCAGCCGAGCCCGGGGCCGAGGGGCUGUGGGAGCCCAAAAUGGCGGCGGAUUUUUUGAAAGGAUUACCAGUCUACAACAAAAGCAACUUCAGCAGAUUCCACGCGGACUCUGUAUGUAAAGCAUCAAACAGAAGACCGUCGGUGUAUCUUCCCACGAGAGAAUACCCGUCUGAACAAAUUAUAGUAACAGAAAAGACAAAUAUACUUUUGCGUUAUUUACACCAGCAGUGGGACAAAAAGAAUGCAGCAAAGAAGAGAGAUCAAGAGCAAGUGGAAAUAGAAGGUGAGAACUCGGCGCCGCCACGAAAAAUCGCUCGGACAGACAGCCAGGAAAUGAACGAGGACACUUAAACCCGCGGGCCUCUCCUCUUCUACUUUGCAGGCGCUUCCCGUUUUGUCUCAAAGUGUGUCAGUUUUGCCCCUUGCCCCCAUCUCUCACCCCUCCACUAUGCAGCCCAAACCACUUCUGACUUCAUAGGAGCCAAUGUAUUUAUUUUUUUUUUUCUCCUUUUUUUUUUUUUUUUUUUUUGUUUUUUUUUUUUUUUAAUUUAUGCCGUAAAACUUGCGGAGCAAAUGGUGGAACAACCCAGUAAUGUAGUGUAACCUUAGUUCCUCCUUUCUAACAACAAACGCUGUCACUUUAACAGGUUUUGUUCAAUCUGUUACCUAACCAACCAGCUCUAGCUGUGGAAGCCUGGGGAGGAGAUGGGGGUUGCUGCAGAACCCCACAGUGGUGCGGGCUUUCAGAUUCAUGCACCCACUGACAUUAGUGGUGAACUCUUUGGAUGGGCCCAGUCCAGCCAGCAGUGUGGGGCCUUGCUGUUUUUCUCCAAGAUUCUGAAAUUGGCACUGCACUUAGGGGGGAAAAAAACCCAAUAAUCGUCACGGAUGUCAUUUAGGAUUAUGUUGAUCUUAGCAAACGUGUUGUCAACUUGGUCUAUCAGUUGUAUUUUGGUCUGUUCUGUAAGGGCCAUGGUCAUUUAGCUCAUGCAUAGGUGGUCAUGGAGAAUUCAAGUGAAAGGUGUGUUGCUUGUGUUGCUCUUAAAUUCUAACAGUCUCUUGGUCUUGGACAGACUGAUAUGUGCAACUUCUCCGUUGGAAUAAAUGGAUGCUUUUAUCCUAUUCUGAGUAUUUGAUCAGCAGUGUAUUUGAGCAGCAGCUGAUGGAUGCGGUGAGGUUGGCACUUGCAAGCAGCGCUUGGUGGCCGAGUCUGGGAGCACCUCAGCAUCUCCAUCUGGUUCUGCCUCUGCUGCUGGCUCUGACUGAUGGUACGCUGUGCUUUUGGUGAUAUCAGCCCCUCUGGAAUGGAGUCCAGGACUUAGAGUUGAUCCAAAUGUGAGCUUCCGUGGUCUGUGCUUCAGGCCAAUCUCUUUGGGACUGUGACAGCUCAGUGCCUGUUACCUGAACCCUCACUGACUUCAGUAAGAGCAGAAAUGGAGCCCCCGAGUCACCUAGGUGGAUCCAGAGUUCAGAGACCAAAAGGAAACGACCACCGCCACCCGAAGGGGACAGGAGGUGUAGCGUAGUAACGAUGUCUUGUCUGCUUUCACGUAAGGAGCUGACUUCACACUGUGUUAGUUUAAAUCAGCACGUUUAUAACUGUGUUUUUUUCCUCGUUCACGAAUCCAAAACGCCGAGGAGGAGGUCCUGGAUCAACCCAGCGCUGCGCGGCCGCGAGCUCGGAGGACAGGGCUUCUGUUCCCCUUCCCCACCACAUCCUUUGCCACCAGCAGACGCCGUGUGGUCGGGUGUGAGGCAAAGGGAGCACGGAGGGAAAUGCUGUUGCUUUGUGACUGGGCGUUGCGAGGCAGAGCCUUGGGGAGAGCAGGGCACAGCUCUCACGGCUGCGUCUUUAAAUGCGUGCUGGGCACCAAGUGAAUGGAUUUAGCGUGAAGCUAACACCGAGUAGCUUAGGUUAGAUCUCUGUCCUGCCUUUUUGCUGUGGGAGUAACCUCCACGUUGCUGGAAUGUUGCUGAAAAUGCCAACCGUGUUGGUGAAGAUGAUGAACGCUCAGAAUUCCUUGAGGUUUACUGGCAGCGGUGAGAAGAUGUCCCAGAGUUUUGCUGUCAAAAAGUGCUUCUGUGCAAAGGGCAGGAUGCUGAUGGAAGGUGCUGCCUUAGCAUCUGCUCUCCCAGGGAUCAUCUGAAGCUGAGACUGGAGAAUCCUCUGAAGAGCUGUGAGAUACCAAAAGAGGAAACGGACGUGCAGCUGGUGGUAAAGUGUGACCAAUUCACGUGUUGGGCAAGUUGGAGAGCUGCAGCCUUGCAGGCUCGUGUUUGUACAGUGCUUUAAAGUUGUAAAAUGCUGUAUACUUGGUUGGUAUGGCAAGGUUUGGGCUUUGCUGACUUCUCUGCUAGACAGAGUGAUGUACUAUUAAAGAGAGUUGGCACUUC